AUGGCAGAUUAUUCUUCCCUUACUGUUGUUCAAUUGAAAGAUUUACUGACCAAGAGAAAUCUGUCUGUAGGCGGAUUGAAGAAUGAACUAGUUCAAAGACUGAUAAAGGACGAUGAAGAAUCAAAGGGUGAAAGUGAAGUUUCUCCACAGGAACAAAACCAGGAACAAGGGUCAGAACCUGCGGCGAUAGAAGAACCAGCCUCCCAGAACAUUACUGAAAAAAAGGAAGUUUCAAGCGAGCCUAAAGAAACAAACGAACCCAAGGAGGAAAAUAAGGACGUUCAAAAGCCCUCUGAUGGACCUUCUGCUACUGCUUCAGAGAACGAACAAGCUGCUGCUUCCACUGCUGCUCCCGCUUUGUCACCAGAAGAAAUUAAGGCCAAAGCAUUGGAUCUUUUAAAUAAGAAACUGCACCGCGCUAACAAAUUCGGUCAAGAUCAAGCGGAUAUUGACUCUUUACAAAGACAGAUAAAUCGUGUGGAGAAGUUUGGUGUUGACUUGAAUAGCAAGUUGGCUGAAGAACUGGGCCUUGUCAGUAGGAAAAAUGAACCUGAAAGUGGCAAUAACGGUAAAUUUAAAAAUAGAAACAAAAAUGCAAACAACCGCUCCAGAGUAAGUAAAAACAGGAGAGGCAACCGCUCUGGUUACAGAAGAUAA